AUGUAUUCCGUUGAUGUUCUCGAACAAGGUGCGAGAUCAGCUAUCGCUUUGAGUACAGACUUUGAGUUCUUCCAGUGGGAGGAAUCUGGCGUUCCAGAAGGGUGGCGAGAGAAGAACUGCUACGGUCCGUAUGAAGAUCAUUACAACUGUAUCGUAUUUGCCGCUUCGGGGGCAUUCUUAUCAUCUGAUACCUUUCGGCAAAAUCUAUCCACUCGAUAUAUGAUCCCAGAUCAUUUCUGGACCGAUGCUUGCCAGCAUUCCAAUGGGUUCUUCGGCUGUGAAGAUACAUACGAUGAAGGACGGAAGCUCAAAGUCCACAGUAUUGAUCUAGCCAUCGUCCAAUCCACACAGGCUCUUGCUUACAGCAGACCAUAG